AUGGCCGACCUCCGGUCUCUCCUCUCAGAGCUCCAGAAUGCUCUCAACCAGAAACAACUCGAUGCGGCGAGUACGCUUAUGAGUCGCGCGAAGCGAACACUCUUGCUGCAGAAUGCUCUGAUUCCUACCCCGUCGACGCCACCCGAGCUGAUUGCCCUCGCGCGUGAGAUCCUGGAGCUGGGCGCUCUGGCAUCGAUCCGGCAAACCGACGCACCGACUUUUACGCGAUACUACCAACAGCUACAGCCAUUCUACGACCUUGAAAGGGACAGCACAACCUCCGGAAAGGUGGAUUUCAAGACCAGUCAGCGCAGCAAGAUCACGGGACUGUAUAUGCUGCUCUUGUUGAGCAUGGGUGACAGCACCAGUUUCCACACGGUCUUGGAGGGUCUGGUGGAGGAGGCGAGCUUGAAGGGAUACAGCGUCGAGGAUGAUCCGUAUAUCAAAUACCCAGUGGAACUGGAGAGAAACUUGAUGGAGGGCAGCUAUGAUAAGGUGUGGCGGGAGACGAACUCGGAAAGAGUGCCUUCGGAAGACUUUGCUUUGUUUUCGAAUGUUCUGGUUGGAACCAUCCGUAGCGAAAUUGCAGACUGCUCCGAGAAAGCCUAUCCUUCGCUCCCCAUUUCUAACGCCAAGAAUCUCCUGUUCCUCGAGUCGGAGGGUGCGGUCAUCGAGUUCGCCCAGCAGCGGGGAUGGGUGCUUCGAGAUGGACGGAUAUACUUCCCUGUGGAGCCUGAGGCCGCUGCCCGGUCUGAGAAGGAUAUCCUGGUGGCUAGUAGCACCAUCAUCGAGAAUGCUAUCGGCUACGCGCGAGAACUAGAGACGAUUGUCUAA